GUUGCCUGGUGACGAGAGUCGGGGGCGUGGCUGGGGCUGCGGAUCUCCAGUAGUAGCGUACCCUCUAGCGGCUGGACCCUGGGUUCUCCGCUAGAUCCCGAGAUAUUGCAGACGACUGGCCUGACCAGAGGACUCGGCCAGGAUCUAGGUGCUGGCCCCAACGGGACGGUGAGAAAUUGUUUUACAGCCCACCCGUGUAUUACAAGAAAUCUCAAGUCAAACACUGGAAGAGAUGUCAGAAGAUUCAGAAAAGGAAGACUAUUCAGACAGAACAAUCAGUGAUGAAGAUGAAUCGGAUGAGGAUAUGUUCAUGAAAUUUGUAAGUGAAGAUUUUCAUCGGUGUGCACUUUUAACAGCUGACUCUUUUGGUGAUCCCUUCUUCCCCCGGACUACACAGAUACUAUUAGAAUAUCAGCUAGGGAGAUGGGUGCCACGUCUUCGUGAACCACGGGAUUUAUAUGGUGUCUCUUCUUCUGGUCCACUGAGCCCAACACGGUGGCCAUACCAUUGUGAAGUCAUCGAUGAAAAAGUCCAGCAUAUUGAUUGGACUCCUUCUUGUCCUGAGCCAGUGUAUAUCCCAACGGGCUUAGAAAUGGAACCCCUUUAUCCAGACUCCAAGGAAAAUACUGUGGUUUAUCUAGCUGAAGAUGCUUACAAAGAGCCCUGUUUUGUGUAUUCCCGAGUUGGGGGUAACCGAACACCUUUGAAGCAACCUGUGGAUUACCGUGACAAUACUUUGAUGUUUGAAGCAAGGUUUGAGAGUGGUAAUCUACAGAAGGUCGUCAAAGUGGCAGAAUAUGAAUACCAAUUGACUGUACGCCCUGACCUCUUCACAAAUAAACACACCCAGUGGUACUAUUUCCAAGUCACUAAUAUGCGAGCAGGAAUAGUCUACAGAUUCACUAUUGUCAACUUCACCAAACCUGCUAGUCUUUACAGUCGGGGUAUGCGCCCACUGUUCUAUUCUGAAAAAGAGGCCAAGGCUCAUCAUAUUGGCUGGCAGAGAAUAGGAGACCAAAUCAAGUAUUACAGGAACAACCCAGGCCAAGAUGGGCGCCAUUAUUUCUCUCUUACAUGGACAUUUCAAUUUCCACACAACAAAGAUACCUGCUACUUUGCUCAUUGCUAUCCAUACACUUAUACCAACCUGCAAGAAUACCUUUCUGGCAUCAAUAAUGAUCCAGUACGGUCAAAGUUUUGUAAAAUACGUGUUUUGUGCCACACGCUUGCUAGGAACAUGGUGUAUAUUUUAACAAUCACUACCCCCUUGAAGAACUCUGACUCAAGAAAGCGGAAGGCUGUGAUUCUGACUGCAAGGGUCCAUCCAGGGGAAACCAACAGCUCUUGGAUCAUGAAAGGCUUCCUAGAUUAUAUUUUAGGAAACUCAAGUGAUGCACAGUUGCUUCGGGACACUUUUGUCUUCAAGGUGGUACCCAUGCUCAAUCCAGAUGGUGUGAUUGUGGGAAAUUAUCGCUGUUCCUUAGCUGGACGGGAUUUAAACCGUAAUUAUACGUCUCUCCUGAAGGAAUCUUUUCCUUCUGUAUGGUAUACCCGGAACAUGGUUCAUAGACUGAUGGAGAAACGAGAGGUUAUUUUAUACUGUGAUCUUCAUGGCCAUAGUAGGAAAGAGAACAUCUUCAUGUAUGGCUGUGAUGGUAGUGACAGAUCUAAGACAUUAUACUUACAGCAACGAAUCUUCCCACUUAUGCUAAGCAAAAAUUGUCCAGAUAAAUUUUCAUUCUCAGCUUGCAAGUUUAAUGUCCAGAAAAGCAAAGAAGGAACAGGAAGAGUGGUAAUGUGGAAAAUGGGAAUCAGGAACAGCUUUACCAUGGAGGCCACCUUUUGUGGAUCUACUCUGGGUAAUAAACGAGGCACUCAUUUCAGCACAAAAGACCUGGAAUCAAUGGGAUAUCAUUUUUGUGAUUCUCUCUUGGACUAUUGUGAUCCCGACCGGACCAAGUAUUAUCGGUGCCUGAAAGAAUUAGAAGAAAUGGAAAGACAUAUAACACUGGAAAAAGUCUUUGAGGAUUCAGAUACUCCUGUGAUAGACAUUACAUUGGAUCUAGAGUCUAGUAGCCGAGGCUCUGACAGUUCAGAAUCCAUUGACUCUCUGACUGACCUUCUCAAGUUAACUUCUCAGAAAAAGCAUUUGAAAACAAAGAAGGAAAGGAAUUCUACUACAGCAAGCCACCAAAAUGCCAGAGAAGGACAAGAGGUUUAUGAUAGAGGACAUUUACUGCAAAGACACAAACAAUCAAAUUCUGAUGUGAAAGAUACAAGGCCAAAUGAACCAGGUGAUUGUAUGGUUGAUUAUUUCAGAAGACAGUUACCUAAUCAAGGUUUGGAUCUGCACCACAACUUAAAAAGCAAAAUAAAAGAAUGCAUAUCUUUCCAAAGCAAGAAGACUGGCAUAAAUUGGACAGAUGAUGAAAAAAGAAGCUACAAGGAUAAAGGAAUAGUUCAAACUCAAGAAAUAUUGCAGUAUUUGCUCCCCAUCAUGCAUAAUCCUAAAAACAUGCAAACCACUCAGAUAAAACAGCUAUUCAAUCCAAGAACCAACUUCCAAAUCCAACAUCAACUAAAUCCAGCUACUUGCAGAAAUAUAAAGAAAUACAGCACACCUUGGACAGCACCCAGAAAUCACCCUUUUGUAAUCCAAGGGGAUGUUAUGGCAAACUCUUCAGAAUGGGUCCAGUCUAAGCCCCAUGGGUCAUUGGAAAGUUUAUCACCUCUCAAAGGCCCCAAGAAGAAUAAACAUUCUCAAAUCUGGGCCAUAAAGAAUGAAGACAUAAAACCUCUCAGCAGCAAGUGGGAGACUGCUUCUUCAAACUUUGGAAUGGAUGCAAAUGUUCUAAAAUAUAAGAGUCUUCAAGCUGAAGAAACUAACCAGCAAAGCUCUAAGCAUACAGCCCUCCAUCAAACUAAAAAUAAGGAUGAGCAGGCCAAUAAGAAUGAUGGACAACCCACCUUAUAUCUGAAGUUCCAAAGGGAGAGUUAAUCUAGUUUUACACUGCUCUGAGAACUGUGAAUGAAGGAUAACAUAUGGUUAUGUGGUAAAAAGAAAAAAAGGAAAGCCCUCCCCUUCCCCUUUCCCUAUCUCUCCCCCUACACGUGCAUAUGCAUAAACUACAAAUUUUAGAUAUCCCAUUUUCUGUAGUGGGAACAUCUUUCAGAGAUUUAAAAAGAAAUCCAGAGAAAAUACGGAAAAAUAUUAAAGUAGAUAUUUAUAUUUAGUUUUUAUCAGCAUGGAAAAAAAUCUCUGAAGUUUUGAUUUCUUCCAAAACUACUUAUGCAUUCGACACCAAAAAACUUAAGAACUCAAGGUAGGAAUGACAUGUAAUAUGUCACUGAUUUUUAACCUCCCUACUAGACACUUUAAUGAAUCAGUCAACAAACAUCAUUUCCUGAUUUUCUGUUAUAUCAAAGGUGUGCUAGGAACCAUUUCUCUACUAGGAGAUGACCACAUACUUGUACGGAUAAAACAUACCUGAAUAAAAUGAUUACAGAAUAAGA